CAAGAAGUGAGUUCAAAGACACCAGUCGGUAUGCACAACUUCGUCUCCAAGAUAUUGGAUACUGGAAGGCAGUUCGGGGUUCUUUCAAAUCUCAAGGACGGCAUGCAAACUUUUUGAUAGAUCUAGGUCAUCUUUUUAUCAACUGCUUUUCAUAUGGACACAAAAAAACUUCCCGAGAGGUUCUUCAGGAAGAAGGCAGAGGCCUUCAACCGAAAGGUUAAAUAUGCUAAACAAAGUGUCACUCAAGUAGCAGCCCUACACAAUGUAUUGCCUGGCUAUCUUGAGAAGGAAGAUGAAAAUGAGAUGAUCACUCAAGAUGCUAUGUUGAAAGAAGUUGAUAUUGGUUCAGCAACUAAGCGUUUUGAUGUUAAACUACAGUAUGGACCGUAUGCGAUUGAUUAUUCACGAAACGGCAGAUUUUUAGCCCUGUGUGGUAAAUCAGGUCACAUAGCGGCAUUCGACUGGAUGGUGAAGAAGCCUCUUUUUGAGAUCACUGUCUCCAACGAAUGCAAGGAUGUUAAGUUUCUUCACCAAGAAACGUUCGUUGCCGUUGCAGAGAAAAGAUAUGUUUCCAUAUAUGACAAUCAAGGCUUAGAAGUACAUUGCUUGAGAAAACUGAAUGGGAUAUUACGAAUGGAAUUUCUCCCGUAUCAUUUCCUUCUGGUAUCUUCCGCCGACAAUGGAUUUCUUUAUUACCUAGACUGUUCUAUUGGUACGAUUGUCACUUCAAUACCUACAUAUAUGGGGCGCCUUGGUGUUAUGUGUCAAAACCCUUCUAACGGAGUUAUUUGCACAGGACACAACGAUGGUGUUGUGUCUAUGUGGAUACCUUCAGAGAAGUCAUACGUUAUCAAAAUGUUCGCACACCCAACUGCCAUUACUUCGAUUGCUUGCGACCAAACUGGAAGAUUUCGAAUCCAUACCCAAUUGAAUCUUUCCUCAUAUAUAUAUGACUGGACAUUAUUUCUCAGUUCACUCAAAGCUGAUUACGUUUCGUUCGCUUGAUAAUUAUAAUUGCUGGUAUUAGAGCAGCUUCUAAUCUUGGUAUAUCUUGUAUUGAGUCGUGAUAGUAGGUAUAAAGUGAUGCGUUAUGUGAGUCAAACUACUUGGCAACCUGUGGAGUUGA